UUUUCUUCGAAUAUUUCCCAGAUCCUUAUCUCGCGCCCUAGCUGUGUGUUGAAUGUACAUACCUCGCGAUAAUCCCUGUAUAUAAGGCGUGGACUGACGAGGCCUGUUAGAUUAGUGAAGGAAACUGUCCUGUCAUGAGCGGGAGAUCUGGCGGUAAGGGUCGCGCAAAGGAGUCGAAGGACAAAGCAGCGAAAUCGGGCGGUAAAAUGGGUGCCCAGGCUCAAAGCUCGAAUGUCCCGAAAACCUCAGUUGGCUCCGCCAAAGAAGCUCUCUCUAGCGAGAAGCAGGCGGAGUUCAGCUCAAAGCUGCAACCGACCCCGGAGCAGAUACGAAUGGCAGCAUUAAUCCAAAGUUCCAAGAGCUCCCGAGCUGACGAAGAGACUGCGAAAAAGAUAGAGGAACUCAAGGUCUUGACUGAAUGUGAUGGAGAAAAGGCUGCGUUGGUUCUUCACGAUUGUGACUAUGACCUUUCGAAAGCCGUCGAAGUUUUACUUGAAGGAGGAGGAGCGCCAGCGGAAUGGACGGAGUCAGUUAGUCGGAAACGAAAGAAACAGCAAAGUCAACCGAACAAAGAUGAGUUUUCCAUGGGUGAUGAUCAAACAUGGGAUGCAGGUGAUAGAGGCCGGCGUGGAAACAGUCGUGGUGCGACAAGCCAGCGACGGGGAGCUACAGGAGAUACGGCGCCUGGCGGCAAAGAAUCGUUUCGCGGUCGAUCUCGAGGUGGGGGACGAGGGCAAGGAGGUCGUGGAAGAGGAGCUGGAGAAAUUCGAAGUGGAGUUCCUCGGGAUGGCGAUGGCCUGGAGGAAGGAAGAGGAAGACGUGCAGUGAAUGGAUCUGGCCGUGGACGGGGACGAGGAGGUGCACGGGGUGCUGGAAGGUCGCACCGGAGUCAAGGUGAUGUCGAAGGCUUCCCCGAGUCCAUCGAUACCUGGACCAACAGUCAAGCGGAAGGCUUGACAGAAACCUCCAAAAAGAGUGAUCUCAAAGUGGGUAAAUGGGAUGAUAAUUUCCCGAGUACAGAUGAUUGGGACAACGAGGAGUGGACUGGAUCUCUGGCGGACUCGCGAGUCUUCACGCCGUCAUUGGCCCAAGCGUCAGCGGAAGAAGAAGGCAAGGAGAAUGGCGAGUCUGUUCCACUUCCUGCACCUGUGACAGCGACGGACCCCGCUGCUGCGCCGCCAUCACAACCGCCGCUGCAGGAUCAACAGACGCCACCUCCGGGUUUGCCUUAUUCCGCUGCGCAACAGCAGCAUCACCACCAGCAACCGCCAGGCACGCUGGACCUUGCGACGUUACUGGGCACAAAAACGAAUCUCGGGGUCGAUUCGAUGAAUGAACAAUUCAUGAACAUUAUGAAGGGCGGUUUGGAAGAGCAAACUGGUCAGUCCGUUAACUUAUUUCCAAGGAUGCCACCUGCUCCUUCAGCCAACCAACGCUCUCGACCUAAGGCACGCAUGUCGAAGAUUCCUUCGACUGCUGUGGAAAUGCCGCAGGACGCUGUGACGGGCAUGGAUCUGCAAUUUGGGGGGCUUGCGUUUGGGGAAAUUGCGUGUCCUACGGUUAGCAGCGACGAUGUGGAUCCAUCUAUUGUGUCGUUCAGUAUGGCGCCACCGGCAGGGUCCACGUCAUCUGCUCAGGCGGCAGGCUUGGCAAAGGAUCCAGCCAUCACAGGUGUAGGGGAUGUGCGGAAGGUGGCUCCUCCGUCACAACCUCCGCCUUCCUCGUCUGGGUCUUUCUACAAUUCGAGACCUGUUUCGCACUCCACAACAACCGCGGCUGCGCAACAACAGCCUGCCGUGUCUUCCUCGCACCUGGCGCAGGUGGAAAAAGAGGUUGGCAAGCCGGCCAACGGACCUUACGUUUCGGGCAGCCAAUAUCAACCCUCUACGGUGCCGUCAUCCUCUUCUCAGUCUGUGGGUGCUGGUGGGGCAUCAUCUUCCUCGUCAUCAACGGUGACUUACGGAACUGGCAAGCUACCUGCGGUGUCUUCAUCGUCCGUGGCUACGGAAUCGGCUGUGAGCGGAGGCAUGUACUCAGGAUCUUAUCAAAGCGGCGUGAACGGGACGGCCAAAAUGCCGCCGCAGUCAACGUCAAACAAAGAUAUUUCGGGUACUAAUUAUCGACAAGCGCCAGCUGGACCUGGGAAAGGUGGAAAACCGCCGAGUCAAAUGGGUUUUGUCCAGUCUGCGGCGGGUGGCGGUGUUCCGCCACAUAUGGUGGGGGCGCCGUUUUACUUGCCGCCAACGAGUGCGUCGGGAGGCUUUUUUCCUGGACAAGGAUUCCAGGUUGACGACAUUUCCAUGAUGGCGCAACAAAGAAUGGGCGUAAAUAGCUCCUCGGCUGCGAGCGUGUCUCAUCGUCCGGACGUGCCCCAUGGCGUGAUGGCAGGUCAGCAGCAGGCUUCGCAUUAUACCCCAUCAUCUGUAGCUGGACCAUUGGCGUCAGCGAGCGUCGACAAGUUCGGUGGAAACGCAUCUGCUGUCGUGACUGCAUCAGGUGGCGGCGUUGUGCGCCAAGACCAGGGCUCACCUGGACCCGGCUCGAGUCAUGUUGUGGCCGCAGUGGCCGCCGUCGCAACCAAUCCACCAAGCGCGUAUCUCUCCUUCCUCCCGCCUUCCUUGCCGUAUGGAAUAGUGCCACCUUCUUUCCAGGGCCAUAGCUACCAAUCAUCUGUGUUCCCAAUGGCUCAUCCGCAGGUUCCGCAAGCGAGCAACAACGUGCAUGGGCACGUACCGAACAGUGGAACAGCGCAGUUCCUGCAGAAAAACUUUCCUUUGCAGCAGACGGGUUUCGAUCACCUUGGUGGUGGUGGACACGCCGAUUAUGGCAAUAAGAACACGUACCUGAACAGCGCAAAAACGACUAAUGCGGGGCCGGUACAGCAGGCGCCUCAGGAUCCGGCGGCCAUGUAUGUCGCAAAAAAAGUCGGCGGAUACAACAAGUUUGGCGGACAGCCUGCGCCGUCAUUUCCAGGCAUGCACCAGCACAAUAUGGUGAUGCAAAACUAUUCGGCUGGGUCCGCCGGGCCGCCAUCCGCAGCGGCCGUCGCCAGCUCAGCUGCCCAGCAGCAACAGCAGCACCAUCAUCACCAUUCUCAGCAACCCGAGAUGAUGCAGUACCGUGUUCAGCAGCAGUCGUAUAUGCAAGAUGGUGGCCCAUCUGCGGGAGUGGCCGUGACAGCUACAGCUGUACGUUCUGCACCGCCACCAUCAAACAAGGGCCCAUCAAAGCCGUACUCUCAAUGGGCGUUCAACAACUGAGCGGCUGCGGCUGUGACGACGACGACAAAGGACCGACGAUGACUGCUUGUAUUGGUGAGGCCGUGUUGCUGCGCUCCUGUUCCUUCCCUUCCUGGUCAGCCUCCUUGUGAACAACGAAGACAGCGCCCGCCGUCGUCUCGAUCAUCGGUAGCCCUCAAUAGGAUUCAUCCGCGUCUGCUGCUAUUCGAAAUUAGAUUGUUGUCCUCGCCACUGGUGUCGCGUCCAUCCCUUUCCUGCGACAAGACAUGUUUGCAAGAUACAGCUUUCGACUUGCAUUUUCUGCGCUCGAGGGGACGGGUUUCCUUUUUGCUCUGGUAUUGUCUGCUGCGACUGGAAAGCGCAGUGCCAAAGACUGGGGCCGAGUUGCCGCCUGUGUUUUCGAUUGUCCUCCCAGCGUAGGUUGUCCCCGCUGUGAUUCCUGCGCGGGUCUUGCCGGCAGAUGUCGCGCUUGGAUCCGCUUGGUAGAGUACCUGUUGACACAGCAACUUGUGAUACUUGCUGGACUGUGUCUGUCGUGCUUGCUGCUGGGGGUUGCGCGAGGAAAAGGCAUUAAGGAUCAUGGCGGUGACUCGCGGGUCCCGGUGCAUCAGUCUCGCCCAAUUUCGACCCCGUGCUGUGUCCGGAAGAUAGGUCAUCGUGGUUCAACCUGUUCGUACGGGUACCUUCUCAUGAUUGUUUCUAUCAUCUAACGCGUUAUAUCACUGGAAUAUGGAAGAUAUCAAGGUGUAAAAUCAUGAAAUAAAUUGACUGGAAUAUUCCCUGCUUUGAACAUCUUCGAAGUCGGAAGCAAUGAGAUUUUUCCGAGGCUCACCGUGUACGGGUGUCCUCUUGACUUUUUUUUUUUUGAUUGAUUGGAAUCGGAUCAGCUGCUGCGGUUUCGUUGUACUGUAUAAAACGAGUUAUCUCCAUUGUGGAUGUUGAUGCGUCAACCUUACUGUGGUUGGGUUGACAGCCGUCUUAUGUAAAGCAAUAUCCUAGGUUUCCUAGGAUAUUCCAUCCCCGAGAUUAAGUUACAGGGCCGGAAGGGUUGCGCUGUUGCACUGGAAAGCCUAACGUCAUCGACAAUUCGGCUGUCUUGGGAUUUCCGGCGUGACUAGGAUUUGAUGCGUUUUACCCUCAUUCUCGGAGCAAAUGCCCGUGUAAGUGAACUGUAUCGGCACGUUAAUUCAUGGCAAACCUGCCGACUUGUGCGAUCUUGGAACCGUUUUUCACGGAGAUUUUGCUCAGUUGUGCGGUUUGACAGUACAGUACUGUUGUGUUGUUGCUUUUGCUGGUCUUCGCGCCGAGUUCGAAUUUCACGUUUAUUUUGUUGCAUAGAUUUUUGAAUUGUGUUGAGUUAUUGAGUUUAAACUGGAGGCCAGAAUUCACUUUUUGCGCGGCGUUUUUGUUGCCAGAGACGCGUCUAUUUUGAAUGAAGUGACCUUCUGGUCAAACUUUCAAUCGCUCUGCCUCAUUUUACGAUAUACAGUUUCGAAUUCGGUUGUGAAAACUCCGCAGGAUAUUUGGAAAUGGAUCCCGUGUCAAUGGAAGUGAUGUCCGCUCUGAUUCACUUGCGUCGGAAUUCUCGAGGGGAAGCUUUUUUCGAUCAAACGGUGUCGCGAAAAAUCCGGAUUCUGUGCUCACCCGUCGAAACGGGGCAUCAUCCGGGUUUGUUUGGGGCGGGUCGUGUACACUGUGUGUGAUAAAUCGCGGACACAGCAGCGUGGAGCCGGAAGAGGGAGUUGGGGUCGGUGCGACGACGACAGUGGUCAAUUUCGGAAGGGGGCAAAUGGCGGAACGCGCUUCAAGUUGUCUCUCGCCUGCCGUCAAUUCUUGCGCGUGUGUUUGUGGAGUGAGUGCAAGUGCGUGUUUGGUCGCGUCGUGUCGAGUUACACGUGGACGGGAAGCUUGGCGUCAACUCUUUGUUCAUUCCGCCUUCGCGAUCCCUUCACACGUGGACGCGUUUUGAGGCACAGAAAAGAAACGAAAGAGGGAAGCGAAACCAAAACCCCCGGAACCUGUUGACUGUAGGAUCCAUCGCGAGAUUGACUUUUCGAGGCCUCUGUUGUGAACGCCGCCGCGUACAAGUUGGGUCGUUACGCAAGCAUUUCUUCCCCGUGGGAUAAUUUUUCCUUUCUUUUCUGUCGUGGAUAGAAUUUCGUUUCUGUGUUUGUUUUUUAAAUGUUGAAUAAAGAAAAGCUGCUUUACAUCAGUGGAGAGACGGGAGUCGCCUGAGAAGGAAGGUGUCGAGACUCGGACGAAGGAAAUUGGCGAGCGGAGGCAUCUGGAGCAGGCCGAUGUGCGUGAAUGUGAUUGGAUCGAAAUGGGUUUCGUGGGGGGAGAACAGAUCCUGCUUUUGUUCGCUUCUUCGGUCCCUCCGGUUCCGCGGAGGGAGGAAGGAAGGAUUUGAUCGACUGUAUUCUUCUACGUCUGCAAAAAUAAACGAUCGGGCAAAACUGGAGAAAUGCGUUCGGUUUUCGUUCCGAUUUUUUUUAGGCCGACUCCCCAGUGCAUAUGGUUCCUGUUCUCGCCCUGUGUCUCGGUUGGUUUUCCUCCCGCCGUCGUCGCGCGCGCGUGAUUCUUCGGUGCUCCCCCGCAUCAGCAGUAAGCCGAGGCUGCAGUUUUGUUUUUUCCAUUUUUAUUUUCUUUUUGUAAAGCCGGGCACGUGAAGGUGAUCUGCUGUCGUCGUUCAUCCCGUACGUGUGCUCGGGUUCCACUGCUCGACUUCUUAUUGGAAAAGUGGUCGGUCUGCUGGCGGUGUUGCGGGCAGGCGGAUGGCAACAAAGACUUGACGAAUGAAGGAAAAGCCAAACUUGUGGGGGACUUAA